ACGCGCUGCCUGACAGUGGUAAACAGACGUCAGAAGGGAGUCUUCGCCUCGAGUCAAAACAAAACAAAACAAAACAAGUCCAAAAGAUGCUGAAGAAUUAAGUAUUUGGACGGACACAACAGCGGGAAGUUUUUCACGACUCGUGGCCGCUUAAAAUCGGCUACUUGGAGGAGGUUAUCGGGGUCUUUUCACGGACUUUUUCCACGGAUUGUAAACUCUGGAGUAGCAGGAGCUUAAGCAGCUAACGUUACGGAGGCUAUCGUGCUGCUUUCAAAGUGCGGCGGGUGCGAGCUGACAGACCUCCGAGGCGACACAACUUCCCCUCAACUCCCGGUAAAUCCUCUCCGCGGAUGGUCCUCGUACGGGACUUUUGAUCCGAGCCGUGGGCCUCGGUGGAGGGUUGUUUUCUUCCUUUCUUUUUUUUAAAGUAACCGAUUCUUCGAGCAUCGUGCGCCGCGGCAGGAGUGUAGAAACAUGGCAGAUGGUGACACGCGCCCGGCGGCCCCAAUGUGGCGCAUCGCGCAAACCUGAAGCGAGGACUUCUCCGGCGCACGUUUAUCCCGUAUUCCCACUUUUAAUGAUAGAGAAACGCCGCUGAUUCAUUUUCAAAAUAGUUCUUCAGACGACGAUCGGUUGUUUUUAGUUUUUAAAAUAAAGUCCAAAGAAGAGACGGCGGCCACAUUUCUACUGCGUUGUUAAGAACAAUCUUUUUCUCCACCGGGCUUUUAGAAAACAGUUUUUUUUCCUCUUCUGGGUUUUUUUAACCUUUUUUUUCCAUCCGUUGCGUUUUUAAAACCAUUUUAUUUUUUGGAGGGAGGGGAGGGGGGCAGUUGGCUAACCGACCCUCUGAAUCAGUCGUCAUUUGCUUCUACAUUUUUUUGUGGGAGUUUUUUAUUUGUAAUUCGUAAGGUUUGUGCGCAGGAUUGUUGGCUCGUGGAGCGUCCAGACAUCACGUUGUUUACAAGUGGAGACGGACAAGAGCUCAGGAGAUCUUUUGUAACUGUAGCCAGCUAAUCCCUAUUUGUAGUCCUCGUUGCGUUACAGUAAAACAGACAAAAAACAAAGCUAAAUAUAUAUAUAUACACAGUUUGACAAAUGUGGUACGAAGUUAUCCUUAAUUUUGAUUUGUUCCUCCAUUUUUACAAAACAAUACUUUUUAAAUAUUUACCAUUUUCAGGUGUUUAAAUUGAAUGUUUAUUGGCAGGAAUGGCAUUAUUUUGUAUUUGUGUACCUUUUUGGUAGCUCUAUUCAUCUUCAGGGGAACUCAAAACCUCUGUAGAACCAGAUGUUUUGGUGCUCAUUGACACUCUUGACACUUUUGUUUUUGUUUCAUUCAAACAAAGGGACUCUCAUCCCAGCCUUUUCUUCAUUCUAUAUAAAUCGGAAGGUUUAUGAUAGUUACUAUUAAGGAGAUUAUUUGGGUUCCCUAAUCUCCAAUCUGAGGAUUAACCGAGGCUAUUGGUGUGUCCAGAUUACGUCUCUUCAACAGGCCCCUCUUUUUACAUCCCCACUCCGACUCAAGCAUAUUGUUUUUGUGUUUUUGUGGGUUUUUUUUUAAACGUCUCUUCCACUAAAAGUUUGCUUUUGAAGGUAGAUGUUUUAAGUGGUGUCAUCUUCUUGGUUGAGUGGAAAAGUUCAGAGGACUGACCAUGGAGGAGUCCUUGGCGCCCCCCAUUGACCCAGAUUUCGAGCCGCAGAGCCGACCCCGCUCCUGCACUUGGCCCCUGCCGAGGCCCGACAUCUCGGCCGUCAAACCGGAGGGGGGGGACGGCUCCGAGUCCGCCGCCGGGACCCCGCCCGCGGACGAGGACAAGCCCGAGCCGCAGCAGAUCAUCUCGGAGCCUGAGAAGGCCGCGGCGGGGGGCGAUGGAGGUGGCGAUGGAGGGGUCGACGGAGGGGUCGUGGCGGGCCCGGGCGGAGCCGGCGCGAUGCCCCGCAAGGGGUCGUCCCGCCGCAACGCGUGGGGGAACCAGAGCUACGCGGACCUGAUCAGCCAGGCCAUCGAGAACUCGCCCGAGAAGAGGUUGACCCUGGCUCAGAUCUAUGAGUGGAUGGUGAAGACAGUGCCUUACUUCAGAGACAAAGGGGACAGCAACAGCUCCGCGGGCUGGAAGAAUUCGAUUCGCCACAAUCUAUCGCUCCACAACAAGUUCUUGAGGGUCCACAACGAAUCGACGGGCAAGAGCUCCUGGUGGAUGCUCAACCCGGAAGGAGGGAAGACGGGGAAAGCUCCGCGCCGCCGGGCCGCCUCCAUGGACAACAGCAGCAAACUGCUGAAGAGCCGCAUGAGGGCCAAGCAGACCAAGAAGCUGGCGGGGGGGGCGGCCGGCGCCGGCGGGGCGCUGCAGGGCGACGGCGGCGCGGGCUCAGCCGGGGCAGACAGCCCCAAUUCGUCCCAGCAGUUCCCCAAGUGGGGGGUCAACAGCAGCAGCCCGUCGUCCCGCGGCAGCCUGGACGACUCCGACAUGUGGACCACCUUCCGCCCGCGCACCAGCUCCAACGCCAGCACGCUGAGCGGACGCCUGUCCCCCAUCGCCCCGGGACAGGAGGACGACGACAACCUGCCCGAGGACGGCCUGCUGGGGAGAUACACCGCCAGCAGCUUGACCCCCACCCUCACCGAGACCCUGAUGGAGGAGCUGGAUCUGAUCGACGGCCUCACCCUGAUGACCGGGCAGCAGGGAGGGGCCAGUCCCAGCACGGCGCCGCCGGCGCCCCCGACUCCGCUGCCCUCGGCCUCCACCCUGCUGCCCCGUGGCUCCAGCUUCUCCUCCUUCCACCAGCUGCAGCAGUCGAGCCUCCCACAGGCCCCGCCUCACAGUGGCGCCCAGGCCGCCGCCUCUCCGUGUGGAAUGAGCGGCGAGGAGUCCUCCGCCUUCAGCAACUCCCUCUUCAACCCAAGGGCCGGCCCCGGCUCGCGUGGGGGCGGCCAUUACGGCGCCCACGUGCCUUCCAGCCUGGAGGCGCUGCUCACCUCCGACUCCCCUCCUCCCAGUGAUGUCAUGAUGGGUCAGGUGGACCCCAUCCUGCCCAGUCCCGGCGGGCAGGGCAUGAUGGGACUGGGCGUGAGGUCCAAACCCAACCAGCUGCUGCUGGGCAAAGGGCUGGAGCCCAACACAGGGGCCCCGAUGGUGCUGCAGGCCCAGAUGCAGCAGCGUCACCACCACCUGCACCACCACCAGCAACAGCAACAACAACAACAACAGCAGCAACAACAACAACAACAGCAACAACAACAACAACAGCAGCAGCAGCAACAACAACAACAGCAACAACAACAACAGCCACAACAACACCAGCACCACUCUCCGAUGGCGUUGGGGAUGAUCCUCUCAGGUAUGUCUCAGGACCCGUCACAGCUCGCUGCGCUCAAAGCCCAUCACGCCGCGGCGCCGGCGGUGGGCUCUCACCUCGGCGGGCCCGCCGGCUCAGCCAAUCCCGGCCUGGGCCUGCUGGGCAUGAGCCCGUUUGGAACGCCGCCCUGCUUCGCGUCCGGCCACGACCGACUGCCCACAGACUUGGACAUUGACAUGUUCACCGAAAACCUGGAUUGUGACGUGGAUUACAUCAUCAACAGUGACCUCAUGGACGCGGACGGCAUCGACUUCAACUUUGACCCCAUCCUGCCCGGAGGCCAAGGCUGCGCCGGCCCGGCUACCACGCAGGGCUCUGCUCACAGCUGGGUGCCCAGUUAGUUCCCCCAGCUGACCACGCAGCAGUCAGCCAGGAACUGUGCUCCAAUCACGAUAACCUCACAAAACGACGGUGCGCUCCUCCUCCCUGCGGGACGAAGAUACCAUUGUUCAAACGAAGCGCUUCUCUCGUACCUUUAAGUCCAGACCUCACUCGUGUCACGUGCCAAGACAUGCGGAGGCCAGGGAGGAGCUGCAGCCUUCUAUGCACAAUACAUACAGCUCCCUUUUUUUUCAAAUUUUUUUUUUUUCAAACAUUUAGGCUGCUAGCUGCUAUUUUUUUUUUCUUCUUCUUCUCAUCAGAACUGAUUCUUAAAAUCAAAAAUUAUAAAAGAGACGUUUGUGACAUUUUUAAAAGAGUGAAAAGACAAAUCAUCGACUCCCCUCUGCUGGGAGCUUGCAUUUCUGUCACGUCACACCAGGACAGCUGCAGGGUUGCAAACGGUACGGCGCGAGCUGCCCGGGUACCGGGCGCCGCCUCCGGAGCGGGUUCUCCGCCGUGGGAGAGUGUCACCGCAGGGUCGAGAGCAGCUGAGGCCCGGAGAGACCACAGGCUCCGCUCAACAUUUGCUGCACAUCUCGCACAAUUGCGGACUACCAUUUACAUGUGUGAUUUAAAUUUCUGAAGUCACAUAAAGAGAAGAUUGAUGAUUUUUUUUUUUUUUU